GACCUUCUCGGCCACCAUUGGCUUCAAUAUGGCUGCCCCCGGGGAACGGCGAGGCUGAUGUGAAAGUGUAGACCCUAACCCCGUCAUCGCAUGGAUCGUAGCGCGGAAUUCAGAAGAUGGAAGGCGCAGUGUCUGAGCAAAGCGGACCUCAGCCGGAAAGGCAGUGUGGACGAGGAUGUGGUAGAGCUGGUGCAGCUCCUAAAUGGGCGAGAACAGUUUUUCACCACCAGUUCCUGCGCUGGCCGCAUCGUCCUCCUAGACGGGGGUAUAAAUGGUUCUGAGGUUCAGAAACAAAACUGUUGCUGGCUACUCGUUACACACAAACCCUGUGUGAAAGAUGAUGUGAUUGUAGCCCUAAAGAAGGCGAAUGGCGAUGCCAUUUUGAAAUUUGAACCACUUGUUCUUCAUGUGCAGUGUCGACAGUUGCAGGAUGCACAGAUUCUGCAUUCAGUGGCAAUAGAUUCUGGUUUCAGGAACUCUGGCAUAACACUGGGAAAGAGAGGAAAGACUAUGUUGGCUGUCCGGAGCACACAUGGCUUAGAAGUUCCAUUAAGCCAUAAAGGAAAACUGAUGGUGACAGAGGAAUAUAUCGACUUCCUGUUAAAGAUAGCAAAUCAAAAAAUGGAGGAAAAUAAGAAGAGAAUUGAAAGGUUUUACAGCUGCCUACAACAUGCUUUGGAAAAAGAAACUAUUUCUACAACCUCACAUCCCAAAGGGAAAACCAAAGAGAAAAAUAACUCAUCAUAUACUCGUAAGAAAAAAAGAAACUCAGAAAAAGCAUGUGGCAAAUGUAUUACGGAAGAAAAUGAUAAAGAACUUGAAACUGAUGAUCGGGAUGACCCAGGAGUCAGCGUUACUAUCUUCCCUGAAGGUUACUGAGAUUUGCUUCCCACGUGUCUUAGUAGAAUAAUGUUUCUAGUAUAUAUUACAAAGCUGCUCUUUAUAAGAGUAUUUUAGUGUGUUGAGUGUAUCAGCCUUUCAGAAAAGCAAGAUUUAAUUUUUCUCUAUAUUUUAGAGAAACCCCUAGCUUUUAAAAAUAGCUGUGUAUAAUAUCAGUAUUUGCUCUUAGAUACCACCUUUUUUAGUCGCAUAGUCAUUGCAAAAAUAAAAUUAUGAUUUUUAAUGCCUCUCUCUAAGUUUCAGUUUCUACUUCAUAAAACAGGAGAACUAUAAUACCCUUUCAAGAGAACCUUAACAUUAGGAUUAUUUGAGUAAAAAUCACAACAACA